CUUCCAACUUCUCUAUAUAAAGGCAAUGGACUUAUAACUUUCUUGUCUUGGGUACUUACACAGAAGUUGGUUUAGUUAUAAAUGAAAGUAGGUGUUUCACAAAAUUUCUCAAUGGGGUGGCAUUUAGUGAAGUCUUUGCUGUGGGCUUUACUACUCUUUGUUCAAAUUCAUGAGCAUAGAGCUUGUAUUGAGGAAGAGAGGAUGAGUCUCCUAGAAUUGAAAGCAUUUAUAAAAUCCCACACUAAUUAUACCGAGUACAUUCUUCCAACAUGGGUUUAUGAGACAAAGAGUGAUUGUUGUAGUUGGGAGCGGGUCAACUGUAGCACUACCACUGGUCACGUGAUCAAUCUCACGCUCUCCCGUUCAUACAACUAUUUUUUCGAUGGGGUGGGGACUUGGUUCCUAAACGUGUCCCUGUUGCAGCCUUUUAAGGAGUUAAGAAUUCUUGAUUUAUCUGACAACGGAAUUGCUGGUUGGUUGGGAAAUGAAGAAUCUGAUUGCUUGUCUGAACUGAGAAAGCUAACAUACUUAAAUUUAGCGGGGAACUACUUCGACAAUAAAAUUUUAAGAUCCUUAGGUGCCCUCCCAGUUCUUAAAUCUUUGGAUUUAAGUUUUAAUAAUCUCUGGCCUCUUUCUAGCAAAGAACUGGUUUAUCUAAGCAACCUGGAGGUCCUAAUCUUGCAGAAUUGUAGCCUUAAUGGAAGCCUACCAUUCAAGGAUAUGGCAAAUUUCAGCAGUUUGAAGAUUUUAGAUUUGAGUAGAAAUCGUUUCACUGGAAGCAUUACUCCAUAUAUCGGAGCGUUUUCUUCUCUCAAGGCCAUAUCAUUAUCUGAAAAUGAAUUCAAUGGAACUUUAAACACUCCAGAGCUUUGUGCACUGAAGAAACUUGAAGAGAUAGAGCUUGCUGGUAAUGGCUUCGAAGGGAUGCUUCCUCCAUGCCUAAACAAUUUGACAUCUCUUUCGUACUUAGAUAUAUCUCGCAACCGGUUCAACGGAAACUUGUCUUCAUCUCCAAUAGCCAGCCUAACAUCCCUUGAGUACAUUGAUUUGAGUUAUAAUCUUUUUGAAGGUUUAUUCUCAUUCAGUUUAUUUGCUAAUCACUCCAAGCUUAAGGUGAUUCAAUUUUUGAGUUAUGACAAUAAACUUGUUAUAGAGAAUGAGAAUCACAGUUGGGACCCUUUGUUUCAAUUAAAGAUCUUAGUACUGUCUAAUUGUAGUCUCAACAACCCCACCGACAACUUUCCUAAGUUUCUCUUGGACCAACAUGAAUUGGAAGUCGUUGAUAUAUCUCACAGUAAGUUGAAUGGAAGCUUCCCUAUAUGGUUGCUAGAAAACAAUACUGAACUACAACUGUUAAAUCUUCGAAGUAACUCUUUCACAGGCGAGUUUCAUUUGCCAUCAGAUCACUACAUGAAUCUUCGUUGGUUGGAUCUCUCCAACAAUCACUUUGUUGGGAAACUUCAAGAAAAUAUCGGAAAGAGGAUUCCAAAAUUAGAAAAUCUAAAUUUAUCCAAAAAUCAUUUUGAAGGUAAUCUUCCAUCCUCAAUAGGUGACAUGAGUAAUUUGGGGUCUUUGGACUUGUCCUUUAAUAAUUUUUACGGAGAGGUACCAAUGGAAUUGGUUGCUAAUUGCACCUCCUUGGUAGAUUUGUGGUUAUCUAAUAAUAACUUUUACGGCGAAAUUUUCUCGAACCACUUCAACCUAUCCUUAACAACCUUAGAAUUGCAAAAUAAUAAUUUCACAGGCACUCUUCCAGUUGAACCCCUAAAUGUAUGGUUGGUCCUAAAUAUUAGCAACAACCACAUGACAGGUACAAUUCCUCCAUGGAUAGUAAAUGGUAGUGGUGUGUCACCAAGGGCAAUUGUUGACUUGAGUAGCAACUCUUUUGAAGGCCAGAUUCCAUGUGGAAUAGCUUUAUGUGAUAUAAUAAACCUUUCUCAUAACUUGCUUUCAGGAUUGUUACCUUCUUGCUUGAAUCUACUAUGGGGGAAUCUUAGGCACUUACUUUUAAAAGGGAACAAACUCACAGGGCCAUUACCAAAAGCUAUUCUCAGUUUAUCUCUUGUGACAUUGGACAUUAGAGAUAAUCGCUUUAAUGGCAGCAUCCCUAAUGAAAUCGCUGGACUUUCCAACUUAAAAGUGCUUUCAUUAAGUGGCAAUCAUUUUAGUGGGGUGAUUUCAAAGCAGUUGUGUCAGUUAAAGAAAAUAAGCAUAAUGGAUCUUUCCAAUAACUUUUUUUCUGGGACAAUACCGAACUGCUUUAACAACAUAUCCUUUGGGAAGCUAGCUGCUAGUGAUUUUGUCUAUACAUCUUAUGUUGAUUUUAUGACAGACGGUUUUCCCUUACCAUAUAAAUCUCUUCUAAAUAGGGAUUUUCAAAUUGAAGGGACAUCUUGGGACUUCUAUGAACAAGUUGAGAUUGAGAUUAAUACGAAAUAUAGAGCUGACUUGUACAAGGGUCUCAACCUCGAUAUCAUGUCUGCAUUGGAUUUGUCAUUCAACAAGCUAAUAGGUGAAAUCCCAUCAGAGCUAGGACAGCUAUCUUCACUACAUGCACUAAACUUGUCUCACAAUCACUUGACAGGUCCUAUUCCAAAAUCGUUCUCAAAUUUGUCUCAAUUAGAGAGCUUAGACCUUUCUCACAACAAUUUGAGUGGAAAAAUUCCUUCAACAUUGACUGAUCUAACAUUUCUAGCAGUUUUUACUGUAGCUCACAACAACUUAUCAGGUAAAGUUCCAGAAGGGAAACAACAAUUUUCAACAUUUGAAGAGAGCACCUAUGAAGGAAAUCCAUUUCUUUGCGGUGCACCACUAAAGAAAAGUUGCUUCGAUACUGAUGAAUCAUCUCCAUCAUCACAAAAAUCUUCAGAGGCAAGUGACGGCAGAUGGUAUGAAGUUGAUCUUCUAGCCUUCUUUCCAAGUUUUUUGGUAUCUUGCAUUAUUUUCUUUUUGGGUGUAGUCAGUGUUCUUUAUAUUAAUCCUCAUUGGCAGCAACGCUGCUUCAACUUUGUUGAGGAUUGUAUGUACUGGUGUUAUUUUUUUGCUACAAAUAGCCUAAAAGAGCUGUCAAGCCGUAUGUGUCAUUAGAUGUACUCAAUUUCUGUAGAAACCUUCUGUGGUAGUAUUGAUAAAUACCUAUGUGUAUGGGUAUGUUUGGUUUUGAAUAAUUGUUAUCAUGCUCUGUUAUGAAACAAGGAGCUCACUUGCAGUACUUUUUCAUUCGUA